CGCCUAGACCCGGCGACUGUUUCUAAGUACAGCUGUAAGAUCUAUUUUGGUGCGCGCGCUCGUCCGUCCGUUUCCGACCAACGUCACAUGCUCAGUACCGACAUAAUGCCACUGUAACAUCCGUAUCCCGUAUCCGCGGUCCGACCGGUUCAGCAUCUUACCGUGUGACUACUCCGGUGUAUAUAACGCAGACGCACUAAAAAUUGUAUAUUUUGUUUUUAUACAAUCUCAUACCGUUCGGUUUAAGUGUCCGAAGUCAGUCGUCGCACACGGCCAGGGUGUGGAUGGCAUCUCGCCCACGCCAUGGGCAACUCCCAUUCUUCGCUCGGUAAACACAAAAAGCAAAACAAAUCCUACGAACACUUGUCGUCCGAGCACUACGUUAUCGGUCCUCCCACGGCUCCGGGCAAACCGUUUCUGGCGGUGCCUUCGACGGCCCAAGAACCGGACGUGAUCACCGUUCGCUGGAAACCGCCAACCUACGACGGAGGGUCCAGGAUUACAGGAUAUUUAGUGGAGCACCGCCGAACCACUUCUCCGCAUUGGGUAAAAGCAACGCCGUCCAAAGUACAGCAAAACCAAUUGACGUUAGGCGGACUCGAGCCGGGAUGGCGUUAUCAGUUCAGAGUGAAAGCCGCAAACUCUCUUGGCCAGUCCACCCCCAGUGUGGUGUCGGAUCCGGUGACGAUUACAGUUCACAGGACGGCCGUGGUGGCACCGGUAUUCGUCAGGGACAUAGAGGACCGCGUGGCUUUGGAAAACGAUCAAGUGAAAUUCGAAGUGGAAUUCGAGGGAAUGCCGGCGCCGAAGAUUAGUUGGUACAAAGAUGGAUUCGAGCUGUUUAGCAACAGGCGACAAAGGGUGAGCACAGACAAUGGAGUCAGCAUACUUUACAUUCACCAAGCGGAAUAUUCGGACGAGGGCGAGAUUAAAUGUUCAGCCACAAACAAAGCAGGACACGCAGUGACCAAAGCUAAACUAAGACUAGAAGCACCACCGAUGGUGCGUUUGCCUCAAGACUACGAAGAGGGUUUGUUGUUGGAACAAAAUGAGCCGAUGAGAUUGAAAGUAUCCGUUUCGGGACGUCCAUUGCCGCAGAUCACUUGGCUUCACGACGGCAAAGAAAUACGAGGCGGAGAAAGAUACGAAGUUAUCCAUACAGAUAAAUUUGCGGCGUUGAAAUUGCCUGCCGUCAAAAGAUCUGACAGAGGGUGCUAUCAGAUCCAUGCGGUAAAUCCUAUAGGCGAAUAUACUGCUUCAUUUUUAGUAACAGUUACAGAUAGGCCUUCACCACCGGGUAAAAUUCAAGUGUCGAAAAUUUCUGGAAAAUCGGUUAUGCUCACAUGGAAACCGCCGGAAGACGACGGAGGCUGUAAAAUAGGAAGUUACAUCGUGGAAUAUAAUCGAGUCGGCUGGGAUAUGUGGUUAAAAGCGACAACUAGCAGGCAGCUCACGACAACACUGGACGAUUUGUUGGAGGGGUCAGAAUAUAGAUUUCGAGUAAAAGCUGAAAAUCCCUACGGCAUAAGUUUACCCAGUGAUGUCUCAGAGCCGAUAUUUUUGCCUGACAUCAAACGAGGAAUAUAUACGCCGAUCGUUACGGCGUCAUUACUGUCCGAAGACGAAGAAAAACUAGUGAAAUUUCAAGAAACUGAAAUGCUGGAACAUUUCGGUCGGAACAAGUCAAAAUCACCGGAUCCGUUUUUAAAGCCAAGGAAGCUGAGCGUCGAUGAAGUGUCCCCUCCGGUGCCGAAAAGACGGAAGAAAAAACCGUUGACUGACACGAUCAGCAUGACGAGCACAGGGACAAGCGAGUCGCUUUCGUCGACUUCCCAAGAUAUAUCAUUCGAUUCGUGGCAGCAACCGAUCGAGCAAAAAGAUCAUUGGGGCUUGACGCCAAGAUCGAAAGCGGAAAACGGCAGAACGAGUCCUAACCAUUUACCUAACCCUCAUCAAAUCACGAUGAAUUAUAAAACCAAAGGAAAUUCAUCCAAUUCACUAGUAUUUGACUUUGACCGCGCUACGGCCCCGCCGAUUUCCAUUUCUUCUCCUGAACUCGGUGCCGACGUGGAAGAGUUCGAGGAGUACCUGAGAAACUCGUUCAGUUCAAGUGAACUUCUUUACGAGCGGAACUUGCACCGAUUUAACGAGUACAAGGACAAUGAAAACCGGUCGUCGGAAGCACACAAAAUAGCGGUCUACACGAUGGACAGGAAAAACAGUUUACUCAAGCCACCAGUUAAUUGCAGACGGUCUGUCGAAGAUGUAGAAGAGAGGUCGAUCGUCAGCGACUCGGGUUCGAUCCAGAGCGUCAUCGAAGUUUCCAAAGUAUCAAAGUCCGAUAGUUUUUUGUCGCUCGCCAGCAACAGCACGGAGGACGACGGUGCGAAACCGUCGGUAUCUUUUUCUGGUUCGAAAUCCCAGUUGGUCAGCAAGUCCGAGGAAUAUCUCAACAAAUACCAGUCGAAUUCGUCUUCGGCCGAAUCGGAAUCCGACGACGACCAGAUGCGCUUCGGCAGCGGAAAGAGAGCGUUGGACCACUUGACGUCCAGCGCUUUCUUCUCGACCAUAUUCGACGACGAUUAUUUGUCAGAUCACAAGUCCGACAGGUCAGUGUCGUCGGCCAAGGAAGCCGAUCGAGCCGAGAUGAUUUCGCAGGAUUCGCUGAACUCCGAGUCGAUAAGCAGCGGCGGUGGCGACGUUUCUCAAUUGGACAAGGAAUGCGGCGAAAUGGAAAAGGUGUGGCGGACCGAUUUCAUCACUCGAACCGUGGUAGACCACUUGGACGAUGCGGAUCGACUCAAGUGGUCAGAAACCGAAGAAUACCGGCUGAGGGAUUUCAUUCCCAAACACGUUUUGAUACCCAAUCCGUUUUACAAGGAACCCACCGGCGGCUCCCCCAGAGAAAGUCCGUGUCGAUUAAAAAUUGAGCUUUCGCAAAACAAAGAAGAAAUAGUACCACCGGAAAUUCCUAAAAGGGAGGAAACGGCGGACAAUCCGGUCGCCUUGCCGGUCAUUACGAUCACCGAGGUCAACAACGAGUACAGUCCAAAGUCGAUACUGAAAAAGAUCAUAGUGCCUUCGUUUGCCGGCAAAACCGGUUCGUUUUUCAAACGCAACAACGUCAAGUCCGACAUAUUCGACAACGUGAAGAAGUCGCCGGAACGCGAGUACGUGAAAAAACGCGAACUAGACCAAACUGACAUCAGGACUUCCCGUGUCCACGAAGAGCCUAAGUUGAUGAUCGUCCAGCAUUACGGUAGCAUCAUCGAGGAGUACAACUCGGGCAAAAAACCGGCUUCGAAAACGUACUUGGAUUUUGAUCAGCUCAAGAUGGCGGCCGUGGAGGACGUCGAUCCAAUUAUCGAUCUGACUCCGGAAGUACCGGUCGACAGCGAACAGGACGAAGCAGACGAUUUGAAGUGGCUGAUGAAAGACGAACAAAAUCUUCUACCGUCAGAAAACGAAUUGAACGUGGCUGACGCUGGAUUAGCUUUCAUGGAAGCGCCGCCGACCGACAUGGGUUUUCCGUACUUAAAAGUGUUCGGCAACCUGUCUUUGAUGCUUUUCGGCUAUUGGUUAUACAUGUGCAAAGACGAACGACUGUCGGUGCCAGUUUUUGGAUUUUUGAUCUUCCGUUUUUUCAAGACUCAAAUUUGGGAUAGGAUCUAAACAAUUUUUUAUGUGUUAUUUUAAUGUAAUUUGUUACAUUUUUUUUAAACGACUACGCGAUAUUAUUAUUGUUGAUAAAAAAAAAAAAAUAGUUAAAUGUUUUACAAUCGUUAUGAACCUAUUAAUAAAAACACUAAAAUAUU